GCAGCUGCUAGUGUGCCACCAUGACGCUGGUGUAUUAACCCUUUGGCGCAAAUUGAUAGCGAUUUCUGUACUGUGACCCCCCAUGCCCACACCCCUUUAAGAGACGUGGUGAUGCGACGUGUGUCACCCAACCCUGUCCGAGAAGCUGCCGAGAAGAGGAGAGUCUGGAUGGACUUGUAGACAGGUCAAAUAAAUAAACAAACCACAGGGGGAAGGGGAAAAGGAAAUUCCCUCCUCGCUUUUCCUGUUCCCGAGCCUCUUGCGCUGCGCAGUGUUGGCGAGGGGAAGCGGUGCGCAAUUUUCUAUCGCUCUGAGGAAAGGACCACAGCCUGAAACGGCAUUUCCGAGCCGAGACUGACGGAUCAAAGAGGGAAGAAACGCUGCAAUCUGACGACCUGCUUUGCACUGCGGGUUCUUCAUUUAUUCAAAAGCUUUUUUUUUUUAAUGCAACGACGAAGGAGGGAAAGGGAGCCAAAACCGAUGUUCUCCUCCAACAGGGAUAUUUGACCGACCUAUGCAGCGCUGAUUUAUAUACCUUAUUUUUCAGAAACACUGUUCUACGAUUAGACGAGUCUAUUCCUGUGCUGGCCGAUUAAAAAAAUAAAAAUUUCACCGGGUUGAGAAAAUAGCUUUCGUCGCCAGCUUGUUACAUAACCGAGUGGCUUUAGCUCUCCAAGGUGCUGAACUGAACGCUCGGAGCCUAUAACAGGACGAGCCGCCGGGAAUUCACAACCUUGCGUCACAGGCCUAUCAUCCAGGAGAGGGACGCACUGGAUCUCAUCUCACUGAACCGCAGGGAAGAAGCUGGGUUGUAUUCUUAUUUUUCCCCCCUCCCCCCUCACCGUCCGUGGUGAAAUAAAUUCCUGAGGAGGUCGAAACAACUGGGAGAAAAUGUCGGGGCAAACGCUCACGGAUCGUAUUGCCGCUGCGCAGUACCAGCUAACGGGAUCGGACAUGGCCCGGGCUGUCUGCAAAGCCACCACUCACGAAGUGAUGGCGCCCAAGAAAAAGCACCUGGAAUACCUGGUGUCAGCCACCAAUACCACCAACGUGAACAUCCCUCAGAUGGCUGACACACUGUUUGAGCGAUCCACCAAUGCCAGCUGGGUGGUCGUCUUCAAGGCCCUCGUCACCACUCACCACAUGUGUGUCUAUGGCAAUGAGAGGUUCAUUCAGUACUUGGCAUCCAGGACAUCCUUGUUCAACCUCAGCAACUUUAUUGACAAAACUGGAUCUCAUGGCUAUGACAUGUCAACAUUCAUCAGGCGGUAUGGACGAUACCUGAAUGAGAAAGCCUUUGCUUACCGCCAGAUGGCAUUUGACUUCACCAGAGUCAAGAAAGGCGCGGACGGCGUGAUGAGAACCAUGACUACUGAGAAGCUGCUGAAAGGCAUGCCUGUUCUGCAGACACAGAUUGACACACUCCUGGAGUUUGAUGUUCAUCCCAAGGAGCUGAACAAUGGGAUCAUCAAUGCUGCAUUCAUGCUUCUCUUCAAGGACUUGGUGAAACUGUUUGCAUCCUACAAUGAUGGGAUCAUCAACCUAUUAGAGAAAUUCUUCAAAAUGAAGAAGAGUGAAUGCAAGGAGGCCUUGGAGAUCUACAAGCGUUUCCUGACCAGGGUGACAAAGAUUGGAGAAUUCAUGAAGCUGGCUGAGACAGUUGGAGUUGACAAAAAUGACAUUCCUGACAUCAACUAUGCUCCCAGCAGUAUCCUAGAAUCUCUGGAAACUCACAUGAAUGGCCUGGAGGAUACAAAAGGUGGAAAGAAGGGUGAAGGGUCUCCAACAAAGGGAUCUCCUACAAACAAUGUGUCUCCAACAUCAACUCCAGCCAAAUCUUCAAAUGCUGUUCCCACACUGCAGCCUCCUCCUGGGGACAGUGCUGCCAGCGCUGCUGCUUCAGCUGCUCCUGAACCAGCCGAAGAUUCAUUGCUAGAUCUGGAUCCACUGGCUUCUACUGGCCCUUCAGCACCAUCAGCUGCCCCCACAUCUUGGGGAGAUCUUCUUGGAUCAGAAAUGGGCGAUUCCUUGCUAUCUGAACCCACCCUCGCAGCUGAGCCCACCCCCUCCCUUGCAGCGGCAUCGCCCACUCCUGCAGCAGCAGAACCCGGAGUCUCUCUAGCUCCUCCCACUAGCACAGCAGCCGCCACCUCCCCUGGCGCCGCCAAUGUGGAUCUGUUGGGAGAAGCCUUUGCAACUCCUGCUCCUGCCGCUGAGGCCUCCGCAGGAGCAGCUGAAGGUGGGGCUGCUGCUACAUCCACCCCAGCUACUAACGCUGGAACUGACCCCUUUGCUCCCUCAGAUGGUAGCACCAACGCAGCGUCUUCAGGUCUAGACCUUUUCGGCAUGAUGUCAGUGGAGAGCAAUAACCUGGCUAGUUCCCUGGAUGCCUGUUUUAGCUCCGGUGUGCCCCAGCCCUCCCCUUCCCAUUCCCCUUCACCGCUUUUCACCUCCUCAUCCAACACCAUCACCACCACUGCAACCAUUUCAGCUCCCAUUGCCGCCAGCACCACCAGCCCUGGGACUGACCUUUUCAGUGGUAAACAUUGGAGAUGUGUGUGGUCUGGCAUUAGUAACUAUCGCAUCACACUGAGGCAGGCUGGUGUCUUCUUGAUUCUGUGGUUUGAGGCUGCUUGCCAUUUUGUUUUUGUUAUUAUUUUUAUGAGGGAAAAUGUGCACAUGUUUGCAGCUUUGCCUCUCCAGUUGAAAGAGUUUGAGCUUUUUAAUAUUCCUGUCUUGGGUGCGCAUGUAUUUGUAGAUAUCUUUGACUCCAUGCCAGACACGAGCUUCUCCAAAACAGACCCCGCUCCCAGUGCUGACUUGUUUUCAGCAGCAGAUGUGUUCAGCUCCUCUGCCCCCAUCCUCUCCUCAGCACCCCCAUCCAAAAUUGACACAGGAGCCAUCAUGAAUCUGUUUGGUGAGCCCACAGGAGGAGAUGCCCCAGCUGCUGCUGCUGCCCCUGCUCCUGUUGCCCCCGGUGCUGAACUGAUGUCAGUAUUUGAUGGCCUAGGGGAUGUAAUGAAGCCCACGGUGACUCCCCAGGCUGGGGAUGUUGACACCUCUAUGGCUAACAUGGCAAGUAAUCUCACAAUGGGAACUCCAGCGGCCCCUCAGGUAGCUCCCCCAAGUUGGGGUGCUCCCAUGGCCGGAGCACCAGUUGCUGGAGCUCCCAUGAUGCCAAUGGCGAGACCAGGCUUCCCAGCCGCUGGGGUGACCCCAGGAGCACCGAUGUCUCCUGGAAUGGCCCAGAGCCCCAGGAAGCCUCCACCACCCAGGAAUGCUCUGGAUGACCUCAAUAUUAAGGACUUCAUGUAGACUGACUGAUCCAGAAACCCCCAAGGUUUGUCAUCGUGUCUGGAGCUCUGUGGAUGUGGAUGUCUGCACCCCCCCCCCCUUUUUCUCUGCCCCUUCAGCCAGCCAGCCAUCAACUCUUCGAUCUUUGCCCCCCCCCCCUACCAGCCGCGACCCCUGAAAGCAACCUGCCCUCUUUAUCUAAUGUUGUAGCACAACUGUGAAUGUGAACCCUAGAUACAGAAAAGAGAAUUCCGUUUAUGUGUGUGUGGGUGUGUGUGUUAUUCAGUGUUAACAUUUACUUAAUAUACUACAGAAAAAUUAACAAAAAAAUCAGUAAAUGUGUAUUUAGAUUCAUUCUGGAUUUUGGCGUAUCAGCUGACUUGGAAUGGUGGAUAUAUGUUGGUUUCUUUGCGCAUCUCCCAGACGAAGACUGUGUUGUUCAAUGUGGACUGUGUUCGGUGUAACUUCACUGGCCAACUCCCACUCCUCUAUCCCUGUUGUUCAGACUAAUACUGUUUAUUGUCAUUAAAGACUUGGUUGUACCCAUAUAUAUAUCUGAUGGCCAUCCAUCCUACCUGUCUACUUCAAGUUUUUUGGACAAAAGCUCCUUAUCAAAAUGUACUUAAACACCACUUGCAAUGCAAAUCUGGGCUUAUCACUAAGGACAUUAAACAGUGUUUCGUUUCAUUUUCACAUUAUCUUUUUUUAGGGAUUGUAUGAAACAUGCAAAAAUUGACAUAUGCAUUUUAGACUAUUUUAAAUGACAGAUUAUACAUAUUUUCUUUAUUUUAAGUGAAAAAGUGUAUCAUAUAUUUUUAGUUACAUUAAAUUAUAUGGUUGGAUAAAAAUGCAAGUAGACUUAAAAGUUUCCCACUUUGUACAUACCUCUGAAGCUGUAACAAAGGCAGUAUUGAGUGGAAAUGUUGCUCAGAGUGUGUGCUGUGUCGCCCUUUGCUGGUGUGGAGUGGUACUGCAUCAUGAUGUGCAACACAGGUGAAUCUGGGAGGCACUCUGAAAGAGCUCCAUUCCUUGUUUUGUCUCUACGUACGAUGAGUCCAAGUUAAGGUGGAAACAAAGACACGAGGAAGUGUUUGUGAUUGGCCUCAGUUGUUUUUGGGCGAUUUGUGAUAGAGCAGCAGUCGGUACAUUUGUUCAUGUGCUGCUUAAGGAUAAUGGGCUCACUGUAAAGCACUCGAGUAUAAGCUGGAUGUUCUGUGUAUUAUUUCAAAAAGUGACUGUAUCUUAAUCCAUUGUGGCAUUAACAAAGUGUUGAAGGAAAAAUAAAAAUGGCACCCAAAAACAAGAAGAAUGUGGAUGAAUAUCAAAAAUGAAGGAUUCCUUUUGUUUUUUGUUACAUGGAUGGCAUCAUCCUCCCUCCCUCAACCCCACCUGCAUGUGAGUCCAAAUGAGAUGCAAUAAAAGACACAUCCGUUGAUCUCA